AUGGCAGUGGCAAAGGCCAGCCAACAGCUGGACUUCGUGGCAUCCAAAGACCUCGAGCAGGUGCUGAGCAGCGCGCAGGUGCCGAGCUACGCCGAGAAGCUCUUCCGCGGCCUGGCGGCGCUGCUGCGGACACCGGCGGCCGCGAGCGCCUGGCCGGCGCUGGGCGCGGAGUUCCGGGCCGCGCAGCUGGUGCUGGAGCUGCAGAGCUUCCAGCCACAAGGGGAUGAAGAGCGCGUGAAGGAGGCGCUGCAGGAGCUCUGCACCGUGAGCCCCAAGUGCAUGAAGGUCUACUCUACGGCCUGCACGUUGCUCCUGGAGUGGUGCCACGCCUUGAGCGCCUCGCUGGGCGGCGCGGUGUGCGGCGACGCGAGCGCCGAGGAGGUGGCGGCCGCCAGGGCGGAGGCUCAGGAGAUUCGUGCCGCCGCCCCCGCGGCGGAGAAGAAGGCGGCGCCGGAGAAGGCGGCGCCGAAGGCGGAGGAGCCGGGGCAGCUGGUGUUGCGCUCCAUGGUCAGCGGGGAGGUGGUGGCCACCAUCGGCGCCAACCCAAAGUGGACCUGCAAUGAUGUUCGCGCACGUUUGCUGACUGUGCUGGACAAGAUGGGACAGGUCCACUUCUUCAAGGCAGACCAGAAGCUGGACAACUACAAGACCUUGGCAGCGCAAGAAGUUGACACAGAGAACGGUGAGCUGAGCUUUAGCUUUGUUGACUGGCUGCAAGUCGAUCUGAGCCUUUGGCGAAUCCGGGCUUUUUAUUGGUGUCAAUGUCCUCAGUCGUACUAG